GCAUAUUUAAGCAAGCAAAUUCAUUGACUUCAAUCAUUAACCAUUAAUCAUUGGAUCAAACUGUUACCAUAUUUUAGUAUUUCCAAUUUCAUAUUUUUCUUGUGUUGUAAUGAAUUUUUCAAUUCCAUUAGUUUUUGUACUUUGUUCCAUUGUCACCGCUAUUCCAACUCCAGCUCCAAAUGAUGGACGUUCAUUGAUUGAUCGAGUUGCUGAUGAAGGAAAACAAAUGUACUCAUCCCUUGAAAAACAACAUCCAAAUUUCUUACCUUACAAAACUAUCUUUGAUGCAAUUGAAGCUGGUAGAGUCGCCAAAAAGUUACCUGGUGUUAAUGUGAAUAAGGAUUAUCAAGAAAAUGUUCUUGAACUGAUUGAGAAUUCAUUGAAAUAUGUUUCUUCAUCACCAACAAACAUUUCAUCUGAACAAGUCUACCAAUUUGCCAAAAGUUUCAUUUCUUUUUUAAAACAAAGAUUCCCUGGUAAUCCAAAGAUUUCAGGACUUGCGGAUCAACUUGAAGUCGUUCACGAUUCAAAUCUUUCAUAUGGCUAUGAAAAUGGUGCAACUUCAAUCAAGAAUUUAAAUUCACUGCUAUGGAAAAUUUCAGAGCUUUCAUUUUCUCAGUGAAGCCUUUGAAACUUGUGCCUGUCUAAUAGUUGUCAUAUACCUGAAUAUAAUCAUUAAAAUAUAAUGGUUUCUA